AUGGAUACGCUUGCAUCAAUGAAUAAUACUGAUAGCAAACAACUUGACAUCAAAACAAUUCCUCCUGGAGAUUUAAAAGAUCCAGAACCAGAAGAGGUAGUAAAACGUGGAAAAAUUACUAAAAAAUUAUUGAAAGGGAUUGAACCAGUAGCGUCUUGGAACCAGGAACCAUCAUUACGUCAAAACAUGCCUUUUUUUCUUAAUCAAUUAACUUGCUUAUACAGAAACCAUUAUUCACCAAAGAUUCCGCCUAGAUGUAGAAGUUCCAGCAACAGUAGUAUUAAUAGUAGCCUUGGUAGAGAAAUUCUUCUUGAACUUGAUGAUGAUGAUCUUUCAUUAGAUACAUUGAAUUUAGACGAUAUUGAACAAGUUGGCGAUCCUUUGAAAGCUGCUGAAUUUUUGAAAUAUUUGGAAAAAGCUGCUUUCCACGAAAAUCAAGCCGCUUUAUAUAAUUUGGGAAAUAUCUAUUAUGAAGGUAAAUUAGGUUUACCAAGAAAUCAAAAACAAGCAAUAAUGAAUUAUAAAAAAGCUGCUUUGAAAGGUCAUGACAAAUCAAUCGAUAAACUUAAAAGCUUAAAAAUAAAUGUUUACGAUGAUUAA